AGUGGCACCAACAGUUUGUUGACGUAUGUGACAACUUGUCUCUCCGUCAGUCAGUUAGUGCUCGGCUCACUCUUCUGUCAGGAGUCCCAACCUGAAGAGACUGAAGUAAGGAUGGCAGUUUGGGACAAAAAGAUUCUCUGGGCCGUCAUGGUGGUCCUGACAGGAGCUCUGGGUCAAAGAGUGAACUAUCCAGAUCCUGUUUGUGGUAUAAAAGGAUCGACCAUCACCCUCCCCUGCUCCUUCACACCACUGGAGUCUGUUGAGAUCAUCAGAGUCGUCUGGUGCAAGAACCAUGAAAUCUGUCAGGGAACGACUCCGUCUGUGUACGACAGCGAAUCAAACAACAACAACCCUCGUUACAGAUACCUGGGAGACAAGAAGGGAGUCUGCACUUUACAGAUCUCAGAUCUACAGGAGGAAGACGAGGCAACCUUUCGCUUCAGAAUGGAAGCUAAUCAUGUUAAAGCAUCUUAUACUGGCCAAUCAGGAGUGAGAGUCACAGUCAUAGAUGGUGCUCAGAUGGAGAUAAGAAGCUCCAGAGAUGACGGAGAGUUUAAAAGAGGAGAAGAAGUCACACUGAACUGCACCACAAACUGCUCUAUCCACCAACUGGAGGUCAGCUGGUUCAGAGAUGGCUCCGCCCUCUCAGAGUCUGGCCCCGCCCUCCAUCUCAGCAAUCUGACUGCAAAGGAUUCUGGGACCUACACCUGUGGUUUGAAGAAGAACAACCUCACCCUCUCAGUGUUGUACAGCCUGCAUGUGGAGACUGAAAAGGAAGGUGGAGGUCACCCAAGAGGAGAGGGAAGUCUGCUUCUGAUCAUUGGUCUGGUGGUCGGGGUCCUGCUGGUUCUCUUCGCUGUUAUUCUGGUCGUCUGCAUCAUCAAAAGGAAGAGAGCAGCAGGUCGGGAUCAGACAGCCGUGGGACGGGACGAGGAACAAAAGCACUCUGAUAACAUCUACAGCAACAACUUCUUGCCGCUUGCUGAGCAGCAAGGACCCAGCAGCGCUGUGGAGGAAGUCAGCUACGCCUCGGUCCAGUUCACACACAAGGAGCAGGCCAGACCGGCAGAGAAGGUGGAGGACUCCGUCAUCUACAGCUCUGUAGCCAGAACAGGCUGAAGACAAACCGCACCAUGAAGGCAGAUAAACUUUUUAAAUUUUUUAUUUUUAAUUUUUAAUUACCACAAAAAUGUGCACCUCGCAAAAGAA